CCCCGGCCGCGCUGAAGAGCCUGCCGCCUCCCGUCACCGUGGGUGUAUGGCACACCAUAAGACCACUGCAUACAACUCAGCAGUAUUUAGCUCCUUUGCCACCUCUGCCUGAGAAAGGAGGAGAAGUACGUUAUGGUUUGAUUCCUGAGGAGUUUUUCCAGUUUCUCUAUCCUAAAACAGGAGUUACAGGGCCUUAUAUGUUGGGAACUGGACUCCUGCUUUACUUUCUAUCUAAGGAAAUCUAUGUAAUUAACCAUGAGACAAUUGCAGCUGCCUGCAUACUAUCAGUCAUCAUUUAUGGCAUUAAAAAAUAUGGGGCUGAUGUAGCAGCUUUUGCUGACAAACUUAAUGAGGAGAAGGUUGCUAAAGCUUUAGCUGUGAAAAAUGAGGCUAUUAAAGCUCUUGAGACUGCCAUCGAACAAGAGAAGAAGGAGCAGUGGCGGAUUGAAGGCCGCAGUUACCUCUUUGACGCUAAGCGGAAUAAUAUUGCAAUGUUGCUGGAAACUAAUUAUCGAGAAAGAUUAAUGACAGUGUACAACGAAGUAAAGAAAAGGCUGGACUAUCAAGUGGCUAUGCAGAAUUUAAAGCGUCAGAAAGAACAAGAUCACAUGAUUCAGUGGGUGGAGAAAAACGUUGUUCAGAGCAUCACACCUCAACAGCAGAAGGAGAGUAUUGCCAAGUGCAUUUUGGACCUGAAGGCAUUAUCGAAGAGUGCACAGGCAGCAGCUUAACCUCGUCUGAUUCCACUGCUGUGUCUCAUUACUUACUGUUGGAAACUGUAUGAUUCUAAACUAUCAUUAAACAGACAAAUAAAA